UUGUCAAUCAGUGAGAGGAGCGGACCAGACACACAGCCGUCCUCAAAGGGUCACACAGAGCGGCCAUUGCAAGCCGGGCCUGUUGACAGCUUGGUGCUCAUUAUCCAGAGUGGGUACCUGAGACAAAUUAGAUCCCUGCAGCGAAGGGAGUUGGUUGAAGGCUCCAGGUGUGACUGCGUCAACA